CUGAGGAGAAAGAGAGAGAUCCAGACAAAAUUUCUGGAGCUGGGAGAAAGCUCGAAAUCUCCCCCCAUCGAGAGGCUCUUGCCGGAGGAAAGCUUCGAUCUGAAUCAAUGGGUGAAUCUGCCUGUUUGGUUCAUUCGUUUUCUUACACGGCGUCUAUUUCCCGUGAAUCCCAUGAGGAAAACCCGCUCCAUGCGCUUAGCCAGUCAAUCUCCUUUGGCAGAUUCAUGACAGAGUCUCUCGAAUGGGGAAAAUGGUCGAGUUUCUCCCACAAGAAGUACGUCGAAGAAGCCGAGAAAUUCUCCCGUCCUGGUUCGGUUGCCCAGAAAAAAGCCUUCUUCGAGGCUCACUACAAGAGAAAAGCCGAGGCCAAGAAAGGUGCUGCCGUUGCUGCCGAUGAAACGCCUGAACAACCUUUGGCAGAUUCUGCAGUUUCGCCAAAUCCUUCAGAAUCUGACCCUCUUCAAAAUCAAGAGGUUAAGGAAUGUGCUAGUGAAAUCGGAACGGUCACGGGGAGUGAUGGGUCAGGUUUGAAUGUCGAGAAAAACGAAUCCGGGAGGAAAAGCCUUCAGAUUGAUGCUGAGGUUUCAGAAAAAGUUCCUGAUGUGGAGAAUUCGAUCUGUAAACCUGUCGUUGCAGAUGAUAACAAGGGUUUGGAUGAUGUUAUGGUGCCUUCUGUGGAGAAUUCCCGGAAGGAAAACAGCUCGGUUGGCAACGAGGACGAGGUUGAGGAGUUGCCGAAGAAAGACGGAGUCGAAGGUAGAAGAUCACUAACCAAGAACUCGCCCGGUUGGAGAGUAUCUGUGGAGAUUUCAGCCCCUCCUCGAACCUCAGAUGCAGCGAAAAAGACUUCCUUUUCAGAGAAUCGAAGUGAAAGAAUUGAUCAUACGUCUCUGAACAAAGAUGAAAUACCAAUUCGCCGGAGAUUCGGGUUCCUCAACUGUUUGAUGACAAAAUCUAAAACUCACGACCAGAACCCGACAAGGAAAAAGGGAAGAAAGCAGGAGAAGAAACCGAAGAAGAAACGUUCCCUUUGUCUCUGCUUCAAACCUCAAGCGCUCGGCGAUACAGAAGCGCCGAAAAACCAUGCAAAGAAGGUGAAGGGAAAAUCACAGAGCCGGAAGCUCUGAAACUCUGGAAAAUGGCAGCAAAUAAGAUGGAUCCCAAGAAUUCUUCCUUCUCUGUCACUCGAAAGGGGUUUUUAGAAAGAUUUGUCACUGUCUCGUGUUAGCGUUCUUUUAUAUAAAAAGAAGACUUGUAAGAAAAGGCACCGAUGUGCUCUUCCCGCCCAGAGAGAGUCUCAGCGUGCCAUAGGAAACGUUGGUGGUGAUAAAGAAAGUUUCUUUCGUGUAUA